UGAAGAAAGCCGAGAGGAGAUUGUCCCAACAGUUGUCACCUCACCACCAUGCUAACGAGAAAUAAAAAAAUGACAUUGGGAAACCUAUCGGUUCCCUCGCCACCAGGGUUUGGUUUUGAGUUUCAGUUUCGAACGAAGACACCGACUGACACAGAGUAGAGCCGAGCGAAAACAGAGCAGGAUUGGAUUUUUAGCUUUUAGUUUACAACUGGUUUCUGUUCUCGGGCAAUAAAAGGCUAUGAAAAGGUUCAGAUUCACUUCUACACAGAAGGAUUCCAGAGUUUGAUUCGACGGUGAUACAUACGGAUCUGGGCAAGGCAGGUAGAAACCCGGCGCAGCUGCCAUGGUGGCGGUAAGACUCUGUUUCUCAUACCUUUUCUCCUUUUCGGUUCUGGGUAGGAGUAAGAAUCUCAAAUCCGGGCCAGAAGGGGAUAUCCCUUUCCCUAUUAUGUUUCGGAAUCGGAAAAGAGAGCGAAUUCAAUAAAGAGGCCGAGAAAGAAAGAGUUCUGCUUUAGAAGAUACAGGCAUAUAUCAUAGUUCGAAUGGCUGAUGGAUUGAAGGAUUGGUCUGAAUUGGGGGAGGACCUGCUGUCUAGGAUUGGGCACUGUUUGAGGACAUUAGAGGAUGUCAUCAGAUUCCGUGCUGUUUGUAAUCCAUGGAGGCGAGCCCUAUUGGCCGAGCAGCAGCGCAGGUUUUCGCCAUUCACACAGUGGCUGAUGCUGCCGUUUUGCAGGAGCAACAACAUGAACAUGGAAAUUUCAAUUCGCAGUACCAUCUCCGACUCCCUGGCGGCAGCGGCGGUCGCCACGCCGGUGACUGGGUGCAAAGGCUCCGAGAACUGCCGCUGCUUUUACAAUGUGGCGCUGCAUCAAUUUCACCACAUUGAGUUCCCCCAAGGGCUGCAAGGCAAAAGGUACCGCGGAUCCACAAUGGGCUGGCUGUGCAUUGUGGAUAAAACGCCCAGUAUCUCGUUGUUGAACCCUCUUACCAAGACCGAGAUCCCUCUUCCACCCGCCACAUCUUUUCCCGAUGUGCUGGCCUACCGCCCUGAGAAGGCCCGGGGUGAGUACCUGCUUCGAAUGGCAGAUGGUUCCGAGGAAUCCAUUAGCAAGAACUUCUUCUUGAAGAAGUACCUGAAGAGGGUCGUUGUAUCUGCUGAGCCCACCUUGCAGGAAUGCAUCGUGAUGGCCAUCCGCUGGAACACCGAGGAUAAUCGCCUGGCAUUCUGCAGGCCUGCUGAAAUUGAGGCAGGAUGGAAGCUGGUUGCUCACGAGGAAGAGAAUGGUAUACCCCCGGACAAGAUUGGUUUCGUGGAUGUGGUUUUUUGGAGGGAUCGAUUUUAUGCUCUUGACUGGGGAGGAAGGAUUCUGGUGUGUGAUUUUUCUGCUAACCCACAUCACCCGACCCUGUCGUUCUUUCUUGAAUUUCAUUCCAAUCGCUAUGGUUACAGCUAUGCCGACAAUCAAUACUUGGUUGUGUGUCCAGCUGCUGUUACCGGAGAUGACGACGAUCAGCUGGUGAUGGUAUCUAGAUUUACGAAAUGGAUGGACAUUGACGAGAGCGAUGAUGACAGCAAUUCGGAUGAUGAUUGUGAACCAAGUAACACCGCCAGAACUUAUUGGGCUGAGAAGUUCAAAGUUUUCAAGAUGAAGAAGGAUGUCGUAGGAUGGGAUGAGUUUAACAGCAUAGGGGAAUUUGCCUUGUUCUUGGGCUUCAGCUCCUCUGCAACUUUUGUCCACACCAAAGCGCAUCCUGGAGUAGUUCCCAAUUCCAUUUAUUUCACGGACGAUAUCAUUGACAGCCAUCGAGGGCGGAUGCAUGGAGGUCAUGACAUGGGCGUCUACAACCUCGCCACUCAAAAGGUCAUGCCUCUCUAUUCUACCACCACUUUGCAUGAUAACCCUGUGAUGAUUUCUCCAUUACCUCUAUGGUUCUCUCCGUCGAUUGUUACUGGGUCGUAAGCACCUCGCUGGAGAAAUCAACUAUCGGCCAGUUUACUUACUCUUGUAGCCAGCCUAUUGCAGGUAGUUCCAUUCCUUACUCUUGUGUUGUGAACUUUGUAAUCUAUCGUUAUCAUGCUACCUGCAGCUUUGUAAUCAAUCUCUUUAUUUAAUAAACAAUGCAGUCGGGUAAUUUUUUUCUAUGAUGAAUUAUUUAUAUCAUGUUUCACUUUGAAUGCUGGUGUCGAAUUUUUG